GGGUGCCCGCUCUGUUCCAUUCCUCGCAGAUUUUGGACCAGUUUACAUUAGAUCAAAUCGACCAAAAUGGAUCAUCGCAUUGUGAUCGUAGUGUUGCUAAUUAUUGCUUGUGCUGCCGAAAUUUCGGCCGCCUCUACGGCGGAAAUGGAGCAUAGAUCAGCAGUUGAAAGCAGAAGAAGACCGUUUGGACUCGGUUCGCUUCUAUACGGACCCGCAUUGGGCUGGUUACUGGCCAUCAAGCUCAAAGUGGUGCUCGUUGCGAUUGCGGUAGCAGUCGCAAUGGCGAGAGGGUCCAAAUUCUGGGGGCCUGGAUCCUGGGGCUGUGCGACCUCGUACGAAAGUCCUGGGCCUUGGGUUGAGGAAUACCCUGGACCAGUGAAAGCAUACCAAGAGAGAUCGGACAACUUUGAAUCUGAGUCGCUUACUUCUAGAGUAAUGAGUGGAAUUGAGCUAGCAAAAGUCGGAUGGAAGGCUGUUACCGAGAGCGACGAGCAAAACGAGUCUUGCAGAGCUCGUUUGACUUGCGAGGCGCGACAAAUUGCCAAGGAAAGUCCUCCUCUGGCAAAAAUGCUUGAUGUCUUCGGCGCAUCAUUGCGUGAGUAUGACACAGGAGCUACGACUGAUUGCGAGCAACUGGGAUGCUCAUCAUUAAGCAGUGGUGUGCACAAAGAUGAAGCGCGCACUGACUUUCCAACAUCUGUAUCACCAACUAUUCUUUCAAAUGAGCGCCCGAGAGGAUAUUACGCGUGGUAAAGAUCGCUUUGGAAAUUAAAUAUUUUUCAGAUAAAAUAGAGUUGUUAAUUUUAUCAUCUUUAAAUUAUUUUCUACAAAUAAAUAUUUUAUAUUUAACUAAAUUUUUUAAUUUAUUUUGUUGAGCUAUAAACGUUUUAUUAAUUUCUCAACAUUUUUUGUCAUGAUUGCAUGAUACGAAAGAGCAAUAAAAACGAUAUUAACCAAGAA